AUGUCUUCAGUCACUGGUCAACGAUAUGGACUGAAGACACCACCUGCGCCCUGCCAAAUCCAACUAUCCGAAGUCUUCAAGGUCAAUGCGUUCAAACGAGAAGCAUGCUGUUGUGAACCGGAGGCGACUCUCUUCACACGCGACUCAAUAUACAACGUCACCGACAGUAAAAGAUCCCCGCACGUUGGGUCAUGUAAAGGAGACAAAUGCGGCAUAAUCAAUUCGUCCACCCUCAUUCCGGAACUGGAGCAGGGUAACCGCUACCCAGGAAACACAGCAUGCGUGGAAUCAUGUGGAGGACCGGGAUGUGAUUGCUUCUUCAUCAGCUCCGGAUGUCUCUUUUACAGAAUCUACAUGGUACCCAUCGAUGAGAAAGUCUACGAAAUCCUUCACUGCAAUAGAUGGAGAGAAGCUGCCAACAUAGAAAUUACGCACUUCGACGGCAUUAAGUGGGAGACAUCGACAAUAUCUGAGAAACUGAUUCCCAAUAUCCCCAAGAAAUGGAAGUCUCUCACUUUCACGCUAACUUCCCUGUCAUUCCACCACUUCGGACUCUAA